AUGGCCGAACCAGGUAUGGGGCAAACCAACCAUCGGGCCAGCGAUAGCCUGGAAGGUCGUCUGUUGCCUGACCUCGACCCCUCUACACUUUCUGUUAGCACACCACUGUCUCUGGUUGUCGGAACUGGCUUCUCUGUGUAUAAGAACAGCAUAAUUCCUGCCAUCAAAGCUGCACAGAAAGAGGUCAUCCUGGUAACGUGUUUCUGGGCCAAGUCUGAAACCCUCACCCUUAUCAAUGAUGCACUUCGGCACUUGUCGGAGAAAGCAUCAGCAUCCUUCUCCAAGAUAUCUUAUGGUCAGAACUACCCACCUGCGACUUGGAGCAAGCUUGGAUUGCCUCAACAAGAUGAGCUCCCUGGGCUGAACAUCACUAUCAAACGCAAAUUUUUCUGGCCGCUGGGUAUCAUCCAUUCCAAGUAUGUGAUUGUUGAUCGCGAAAUUGCCGUGUUUCCAUCGUGCAAUGUGUCUUGGGAACGAUGGUUUGAGGUAGCAGUGUCGGUGUGUGGACCUGCCGUCGAAGAUUUGCUCUCUUUCCACAUGGACUUUUGGGACAGGGGGCGCCCUUUCCCUUCCAUGCAGUCCUCGCCACAGCAGUUGAAUAUCGGAGCUUUGGUACAUCAGGGACCAGCAGUAGCAGUCUUCAGCCAUCUUCACGUGGACACCACCCUCUUGCCAUCACCACAUACGCCGAGCUAUCUUCCAAAUCAUCUCCAUCCACGCUCAAUGUUAGGAAAUCUACCUUGUUUCCCCGGCAUUCCUCACAGUUUUCCAUCGACUCCAUUACUAAGCAAGACACACCAUCUCUUAUUCACGGCAAAAUCGUCGAUCAUCAUGCUCACCCCAAACCUAACGGAACCCGUCGUCAUCAAUGACCUCGUCCAAGCGAUGGAAAGAGGUGUUGAUGUUCAUAUUUGGACGAAUCGAAAGCUCAUGACCAUGGAGCAGAUAGUAACUGCCGGUACAACUACUCCGAGAUGUGUGCGCAAUUUGGCCCAGAGAACGAGAGGCUACAGAGGCUCAUUGACUACCCAAUUCUUCGAUGACGUCCUCGGAGCGCAGAGAGUCCAGGAGCAUGCAAAAGAACUCACUCCGAUCAAGUUACACUCGAAGGUGACUAUUGUUGACGGAGCCAAAAUAUUGCUCGGAAGUGGCAAUAUGGACGCUGCAAGUUGGAAGACGAGUCAAGAACUAGGCAUCUUCUUUGAAAGUAAGGACCUUGUGGAUGAAUUUAAGAAACUCUGGAAUUACGGGCCUCUUGACCGAUGA